AUGGAUAAUUUCUUGUUAAUAACAGCUAAUGUUGGAUCAUUAUUUGAGGAGAAUUGUAAAAUAAAAAAUUCAUGGAAACAAGGAUUAUUAAAUGUUAUUAAUUCUCGUGAGGCAAAAUUUAUUGCUAUUCAUUUUCAAGAAGCUGGUGGAAAACAUUUUAAAGAAUAUUCAAUUCAUGUUGAACCAUUUAUAAAAGAAUUAUUAUCAUUAUUACCUCAAUAUUCAUCAUCUUAUGCUUUUUUAGAUUUAGAAUAUGAUAUUUUUGAUAAAUAUACAGCACUUGGAAGUUUAUAUUUAAUACAUUCAUCACUUGUAAAUUGUACUAAAUUGUACAAUUUUAAUACAUUAAAUUUUGAAAAUGCUCAAAAUGGAAAAUUUAUAUAUUCAAAAAAUCUUACAUCUGUUCCAUAUAUGAUAAGAGAAAAAUUUCCAAAAGAGUUAUGGCCAACAAUAAAAUGGGGCCGUAAAGGUUUUUUACAUACUAAAUGGAAUUUUAGAAAUAAUGUUGUUAAUUUAAUUAAUGUGCAUUUAUUUCAUGAUGAUUCUAAUAUAACUUCUCAUGAAAAUCCUCAUAUAUAUAGCAAUAAUCGCGCAAAUGCUUUAAAUUAUGUUAUUAAAUAUAUAGAAGAUAAUACUAGUGAAAAAGAAAGUUUCUUCUUAUUUGGUGAUUUUAAUUUUAGACUUAAUUUACAAACAUUUAUAGAUAAAUUGAUUCCAAAAACUGUUAAAAAACAAUUUCCAUCAAAUUAUGAAUCAGAGACAAAUUAUAAUGAUUGUCUUGAUAAUACAAAUAUUUUUACAAUUGAUAGUGGAAAUUCAAGUAAUAGUAAUAUUACUGAAACAAUAAGUAAUGUAGAAUGUCCACCAUUAUCGGCAAUUGAAUUUCAUUCUGAACCAAAUCUUUGUACUCCUGAACUUUAUACAUCCAUAACACGAGUAUUACGUUUAGAAAAAAAACGUUUUGUUUAUCGAGAUCCGCAAUCACUUAUUAAAAAUUGGUCAUUUUAUAAGAGUGAUGAUCAUGAAGUUCAAAAUUAUUCCUAUUUACAUGAAUUUGAAAUAACAUUUCCUCCAACAUAUCCCUGGAGUGAAGAUCCAGAAAGUCAUAAUAAGUUGAUGCCAACAAGACCACCAGCAUGGUGUGAUAGAAUUUUGAUGAAUCAAACUGCUUGGAAUUCAUUAAAAAAUGCCAAAAAUAUUAUUUAUGAUAGUAUUGGAAAAGAUGUUUGUAUGGGUGAUCAUAAGCCUGUAUUUUUAUGCUUUACAAUUUAA